CUGUAUUGUAGCCUGCCGCCUUUUUCUCGAUUUCUGCAUUCAGCAUCUUCCAACGCUUUGGCAUCUUCAGCCCUGUCAUACCUUGCGACCGUGACAGCUGCUUUCGAACUUUCACACGAUCGAAUAAUCCAUCCCACGACAACACUACGAAGUUCGAACACACUCGUACGAUCCGUCAAAACAAAAGAAAAUUACCUUUACACACGACAUUUCCAUAGCCACGAGUCAACCGCAUCAUCGCAGCCAUGGUUGAUCUACCUUGUAAGUCGCCCUCCCCACCCCGCCUCUCUCCUAUGCUGUGAAAACGAUGUCGCCGGGAAGAACUUCAUGACUGACCAUUUGCGCAGACGCCCUUGACGCGGAAACGUAUGUCUAUUCUCCUGCUCAUCUUCAAGGCCACCUCCCGCGAAACCCGCCCAUGCGAUAGCGUCGUAACUAACAAGCCCCCCUCGCACCGCAGGCCCCUCAAGGCAUCCGAGCUCCAGGUCCUCCGCGCCCAAUAUGAAAAGGAAGGCGACAUGGUCGGCGUCCAAACCAAGUUCAACUACGCAUGGGGCCUCGUAAAAUCAGACUCCCGCAACGACCAACAACUAGGCGUCCGCCUCCUCUCCGAAAUCUUCCGCGUCUCCCCCGAGCGCCGCCGCGAGUGCCUCUUCUACCUCGCCCUCGGCAACUACAAGCUCGGAAACUACGGCGAGGCCCGCCGCUACAACGAUCUCCUCCUGGAAAAAGAGCCCGCCAACCUCCAGGCCUCCAACCUGCGCCAGCUCGUCGACGACAAGGUCGCCAAGGAAGGCCUCAUGGGUGUCGCAAUCAUCAGCGGCGUGGCGGUCGCGGCGGGCGUGGUGGGUGCGUUUUUGGUGAGGAAUGUUAAGAGGAGAUAGGUGUGACACCUGUGAGAGACGGAGAGAGAGUGUGUGUGUGGGACGAGCUAUGAGGUGUCGGGGUGAGGGGCGGGCACCUGAGAUGAAGACGAUGAUGAAAAGGAGCGAUUGCAUUCGAAGGGGGGGGCGAGGGGGAUGUAAAGGAUGACACACGUGCGGGUACUGCUACGGCUGCAUCGCGCACCGCUUGUGUCGAAUCCUUUACUAUCUCGUGCUUCUUCCUCUCAAGUAUCUGGUAAUGUGUAUUUGUAUGGAAGUAACGACGGCUAUUUGUUUGACACCGGUGUACGGGGCGUAUACACAUCUCUAUUCUACCUCAUGAGCAAUAUAUUUGCAACAGAAACGCAC